AUGGGCACUUUACAAAGAGCUGGAGAUACAAGAUGGAGUUCUCACUUUCAUUCUGUUUGUAGCUUGAUAAGAAUGUUUGCAACUACUCAUACCGUUCUUAAUAACAUUAUUGAUGAUGGUACAACUUCUGCUAAAAAAGGUGAGGCUUAUGGUGUCAACAAAGUGCUAUCCUCGUUUGAAUUUGUUUUUUCUUUACAUUUGAGGAAGAAAAUUAUGGGGAUUACUAAUAUUUUGUACCAAGCAUUACAACAAAAAUCUCAAGAUAUUUUAAAUGCAAUGCAUGUUGUUUUCACAUCAAAACUACUUCUUCAAAAAUUGAGGGAUAAUGGUUGGUGCAAUUUACUUGAGAUUGUUAAGAAGUUUUGUGAGAAACAUGAAAUUGACAUCCCUGAUAUGAGUACACAAUACACGGUUGGAAGAGGUCGAUCUCGUCAACCAAAGAUAACAAUCGAGCAUCAUUAUUGA